GUCCCAUGGCCGCGAUGCUGCCCUGGCGCCGGAGCAAGUUCGUCCUGGUGGAAGGGGAGCGCAAAGCCAAGGGCAAGAGCCUGGGGCCCGGCCUAAGCUACGCCUCCCUGGUUUCGGGCUUCGUGCGCUCCUGCCCAGACCUUUUGCCCCAGUGCCCGCUGGGCCGCCUGGGCAGCGUCUUCCGCAGCAAGCGCCAGAAGGUGGAGCUCAACCGGGACGACCCCACCUACACCGUCUGGUACCUGGGCAACGCCGUCACCCUGCAAGCCAAAGGCGAGGGCUGCACCGAGGAGGCCGUGGAGAAGAUCUGGGCCAAGAGCGACUACGGGGGCAGCAGCACCAAGAUGAAGCUCACCCUGGGGCCCCAGGGCAUCCGCAUGAGCCCUUGCGAGAAGGGGCCACGCCGGCCGGGCCACGCCUACCUCCUGCACCGCAUCACCUACUGCGUGGCCGACCGCGGCCACCCCAAGGUCUUCGCCUGGGUCUACCGCCACCAGGUCAAGAACAAGGCGGUGGUGCUGCGCUGCCACGCCGUCCUGGUCUCCAAGGCCGAGAAGGCCCAUGCCAUGGCCCUGCUCCUCUACCAGACUUCCCGCUCAGCCUUCAACGAGUUCAAGAGGCUCAAGAGGCAGAAUGAUGCCCGGCGCCUCCAGCAGCAGCUGCUCGGCGAGGCCAUCGUCCCCUGGGUCCCCCUCCGCAAGCUCCUGAACUGCAAGUGUCCCUACCGGCCUCCCCCGGAGAGGAACCGCAGCGCCCCCAGGUUGAGUGCCAUCCGGGAGGAGGAAGAGGAAGACGAGAGUGGGGGGAAGGAGGACAAGGGAUCCGGGGCUCUCUGCGGCCAGGCUCAGGGCUCCGCUCGACGCAUCGACAGGACCACCACCAACUUGAUUGGAGGCACCUGCCGUGAGCACAGCAUGGGGGGCGUCGGUGUCUCCAAUGGCGGCCCCAACAAUGGCGCAUCUCCGUGCAGCCAAACUGCCGCCGGUCCAGUUUCCAAGAUGGGCAAAGGCAGAGAGAGGUCGGAGGUGCUGACCUUGGCCCACGAGCUGAGGGUCUGCACUUUGAGAAGCCCCUUGCCCCAACCGGACACGUCUGCCUGUGAGGACUCUGUAGAACCCUCCUGCCUAUCUUCGUAGGACCCCGGAGCUAUCAUGGUUCAUUCCUGGCUCCCCCCUCCAGAUUUUCUGGUAGUGGAUUUGGAAGAGUGGGAGUAUGGAACAUAUUGUUCCCUCUGCUUGCUUGCUUCCCUUCCGUGUUCCCUUGGCUGCCAUCUGUACGUCUUGGGUUGACGAACUGCUGUUACUGCCUCAUUGAUGGAUGCGUGUCGUUGGUGUGUGCCAAUUCUACCCGGCCAGUCUUUUCAUGACCCGAUUCUUGUCUUUGUCCAGAACAAUGAGUCUGUUUGUGGUUUGUUUGUUUUUUUGCUCCCACGGACAUUGAAAUGGUCACUAACCAGUCUCCGAGAAUUCUAGACUCGAUGCUCAGACGAAAUGCCAAGCCGUGCCAACGUACAGGGACUGUCGGCUCAGCAGUGGGUGCCAAGCAGCAGCUAGCCUUCGGGGGAAGAGGGGGUUACGGGUUCUCACAACAGUACUCGGAAGUGCUGUGCCUUUAGCGUAGCCCCAGCGGGACAAGAGGAGAAACGAGCACACGGAUUCGAUCUCUGCAUUUCUGCAGAGAGGGCUGAAAGCUGCUCCGGAUUGUACAGCUGUUUCUUAUUUGUUCCAAAUAGGCAAAACAAAAAAGUGUCUUAAAAGAAGCUCUCUUUCU